AUGAUCACCAAUAGUUCGUCCUAUAAGCUCUUGCGUACACUGGAAAGAUAUUCCUUCUGGUGGUUCCUGUUUUCCUGGAAUCGUGCGAAAUUCUUGGAAGUCGAGAUACUCCUUUCCUUGGCUCCAGUUUUCCUGGAAAAAGUCCUCAAAGCGCAACAACGUGAUCGUCAGCAUCGAGGAAAAUUCUUGGAAGUCGAGAUACUCCUUCCCUUGGCUCCAGUUUUCCUGGAAAAAGUCUCUAAAGCGCAUCAACGUGAUCAUCAGCGUCGAGAAACUUCUCAGAAGUCGAGUUACUCCUUCUCGUGGUUUCAGUUUUCCUGGAAAAAGUCCAUAAAGCGCACCAUCGGGAUCGUCGGCAGUUUCAUCAGCUUUUCUCAGUGCACCCUGUAUCACAAAUACAUACACACAACAGUGCAGGUCUCUGCUGAAAGUGCACAAGUGGGCAGCCCCACGCCGGUUAUUAAUUCUAGUUAA